GUCUUGGAUCCUCACCUUUCUCCUUCACUCACGCACAGAACGACGGCCGCGUUCGCUCGCCCCCCUCUCCCUCCUCCUCCUUCCUUUCCUUCGUUGUACUUUGGUAUUUUACGCAUCUCUCCUCUUCUCGGUGCUGCAGCGAUUGUUCUUUUCCCCCGCCAAGUGCCUCGUUGCCUGCACGAGCGCCGCCUGCUGUGAGCACCGACUCCUGAAGCGCACAAUCGUCGAGCUCCUUUGAGGCCAGCAGGAACUGCAGGAGACCUCGAUCGCCCACCAGCCCUGUGAAGAGCCUGCCUUUCCCCGCCCCACUGUGUGUGCCAUCACCCCACCUUCCUCGCGCUGCCGCCUGCUCCCCUCGAGCCUGCCACACAUCCACUAACGACACUUCCCAGAAUAUCGAAGAGGAAGUAGCUGCGACCGACACUAUGUCUGCAGCCCACAUUGCUGCGAACCGCAAUAGCACCCCCGAAGGCUCGAGCUCUCUCCGCCCCCCGAAUUCUCGCUCUAUCGGCGCCGGCCACCACCUUCGCGCGUCGGCUGACAUGGGCGGCUUCUCCUCGCCUUUGGCCAACCGCGGCAUUCGCCCCGCCUCGGAGGUCUACUUUGGCCGGACGAACACGAACUCUGGCAACCCAGACGAGAUGGAACGAGCUGCCCAGCAAUGGCUCGCAGACAUCGAUCAGUACGAGGUGACGCUCGAGGAGAUGGCCACCGCCACCCUCGACCAGGACUUCAAGGACGAGCUGAGCGCUAUCGAGCAGUGGUUUCGCGUGCUCAGCGAGGCCGAGCGGACGGCUGCACUCUACGCCUUGCUGCAGCAGACCACACAGGUCCAGAUCAGAUUCUUCAUCCAGGUCCUGCAGCAGAUGUCGAAGAGCCUCCCCAUGUCUGGCGUGCUUUCGCCCGCUAACUUUGGGGAGAAGGACCCGAUGACGCAAAAAUUGAGCGAUGCCAUGAGCAAGCUCAAUGUCGGCGAGAACCCUCGCAACUCUCUGGGACUUGGCCGACCCCCCCCAUCUCCAGGCGCGAAGCGCAACUCUGGGUUGGAUACGUCCACUAUCCACCGCAUGUUCCCCGAUGCGGCCGCCGCCAUUGCCAAGCAAAAGGCUGAGUUCACCGAGACCACCGGCAUUGCACCAGCGUCAAACCGCAACAGUACCGUAGGCGAUCGGAGCUCUUUGGUUGCCCCUGUCAUUUCAGGCCCGGAAGGGGACAGGAAGGAGAACCAAAAUCCCACUUCUCCAUGGGGUGAGGGUCAAGCCCGCCCUAAGUCAUCUUCUGGCCAUCAACCGAUGGGCCAGUUCUCUCAGCCACCUCCGUCCGCUGGACUCCGCUCCCCACGCCUGCCGCUUUCGAGCGACGGAAACGUGCAAAACACUACCCUCAAUGCACCGGAUCAGAAUAUUGGUUCCAUGCCAAUGCUCUCUCCGUCGUAUGCCCCUGGCGGAAGCUGGGCUUCGCAGCUGAGUACGCCCAUGGUUUCCAACUUCUCGAACCAGCAGAGUGCAAGCCAGGCAGAUAUGGUAGCCAAUGCUACAGCCAUGAAGCUCGCAGCGCUUUCCACAGUGAACAAUCGUAUUCAACUAGAUGAUGUCCGCAAGUACCGCCGCGCACGAUCCUCCGAAGGUCAAGGAGCUGGAAACAAUGUUCCUUUGUCCCCGAGUGUAAACAUCUCCCAGGUUCCCAAUGCCAACUUUGUCAUGACCAACGAAAUGGGCCAGGUCUUGACCCCUCAACAGGCUGCUGCCCUCCAAGCACAGCAACUUGCUGCUAUGCACGGUCGCCGCUCUCGCCCGAACUCUCCAGGUCUUGCUAUGCAGGGCCAAGGACUUGGUGGAAUGAGCUUCGCAUCUCCACAGAACAACGGAUUCCUAGCUGCUGAUUAUGGAACAAACCCCCUCAUGAACAAUAGUUUGGCAGGAUUGAACUUGAGUCAGUUCGGUAUCGGAGUUGGUGGUGAUCAUCCAGGUUACAUCUCCGAUCAUUCAGAGAUCAACCGCGGCAGAUCCCCGCGUGGCCGGCGUGGAAGCUCUAAGCCUCCGGAAGAUCCCACCGAUCCCAAUCUUCUUCAAGACAUCCCAAGCUGGCUUAGGAGUCUCCGCUUGCACAAGUACACCGAUAAUCUCAAGGACCUGAAAUGGCAUGAGCUGGUCGAGCUUGAUGAUGAGGGUCUGGAGAAGCGUGGUGUGAAUGCUUUGGGCGCCCGUAGAAAGAUGCUGAAGGUCUUUGAGCAAGUCAGGGAGGCAAAAAACGAGGGCAAGUUGCGCUGAGUCCGCAACCCAUACCUUCUGUCCCACUCAUUCCAUCCUUUUAUCCCAGAACCAAAAUUGUUCGCGCACAUAGAUUUACCAAGUCGAUUGACACUUGAUAACCGGGUUACAUUUGUCUGUCAGCGCUCUCACUCUUAUCAACCCCAUUAUGACAUCAAUGAGGUCUGCAGCCAGAUUCGGCGUUGAUGUCCAUAUGCAUGAGAUCUUGCUUGGAUGUUGAUUGCAUAAGUGGGGUUCAACAUAUAGCUAAAUGGCUACUGGGUUUGCUGCUUUUAACUUUGUCAUUUACUCGCCUAUGUCAGGUAGAUGCGGUCGUGAGGCAGAGUAAUAACGAAAUCUUGACACUUUC